CUCAAACUGCGCGGCGUCCUUGCUUGGCAAGACUGCGAUUCAGUACACACUGCCAUCUGCCAGCGAAUACCUGGCAUGCUCCAGUCCCUAUCGUUGCUCGGCCUCGAACGCAUAGACGCGGUCAAUUUGAGCACUCUUUUUCACGGUCCAAAAUGGCGGCCAAUUUCUGUGUCGUGUGCCGACUGCACUUUCGAAAGUCUUCCGUGAGGAAAUGCCCGCGCUGCGACCAUAGACUCACCAAGUCUAGCAAGCGAUCAGCCGCUGCUAACAAUGACGAUGCGCCACCUGUCAGUCCUACAACCCCCAUCGAUCGCGAACUGGUCGAGAAUCUCAAUGCUCAGGACGACCAAGGCACAAAAGGAAUCUCAUAUUGCUUGAAACAUCAUGCUCUGGGACACUGGGAGGGACAUGAUUGCGAUCAACCAGAUUCCAGAACAAGUCUCACCAUACCGUCCAUGCAGCUACACUGGGACAAGAGCGACGAGUGGAUUGCUUAUCUCACUCGCGACCCGAUGCCAGACACUGUCAUGGAGGCCAUGGCACAUUUCGUCAAGCUCUACGCUGGUGUCACGCGCGCCCGGAAAUUCGUCCUCCUUCGCGAUGACCUGCUCAAGCAAGUCAGAUCGAUCAUGGCAAGAAAGUCGGCCCAACAAGAUCUUGACAAAUGGGACAAGAUCAUGGCAGAAGCCAUCUACAACACGCAUUCGCUUCUCUGCAAGCUGCUGAACCACAUCCACCGCGCACGAUCAGAGACAUUUGAGAUCUACAUGAUAGGACAGAUGGUGGUGCGAGGCGAAUGGCUAUUCAAAGAGGGCAUGAUGCCUAGUCAUUAUGCUAUCGCGUGCGCGUUGGGUCAACGACGAUGGAAUGACAUGCCGCGACUUGAUGUGGCAGCUUUCAAACAGUUCACCUCCGAGAUGCACGACUUUGCCGACACCCAGCAAGCCAAGCAAGAUCUUAUGGCUGUUCAUGUGCAGGAAGUUAUUGCCGACAUUCCGCUUGUGGCCCAGUCCUUCUCGAUGGGAGAACUCUUUCGUGCUCCAAUGCGGUUCAUGCCUCUUGUUGUGCCACCAGUUUUCCGCCAGCGAGCAGGGAUCCAUGUUUUCGCCUGGCCCGACAUUCAGGAGGUGAAGCAUCAUAUCGAUCUGCAGUUGAACCACCCCUGAUCUACUUGUAGAUACUGUAGACCUGCGGAAUACAUAGGCCUGGCAAAGCUUUCGCAGAUUCUACCAUGGGAGCAUCGAUGUCCAACGCAGCGCACCCGGCCAGGAUGGGAGCAAUGCACUUGAGUGGUGGAUUCGGAGGCGCUGGCGGUACUUAAAAUAUGGAAAAGGAGGUAUGAUGACUCGAUGCUGAAAUGAAAGAGCUAUGGGGCAUGAACAUCAGAUUGUGGUUCGACGACGUUGGAAAGGCGGUUGUAUUGUCUACGAACGGCCAGGUCCUACAUACUGUGUGAAACGACCUGGAGAUAUCGACACACUCUCGAAUGAAUCUCGAGCCUAGACGAG